AUGUCUUCUACGGGUGCCAAUAACAUGCUGAGGCUGGUGACGGACUCCGCGCGCCAAGAUAUGCGGACCUUAUUCCACUGGGACCCAAUGAGCAACAGAGUGCACUGCGCCAUGCGUGACGCUUUUUAUCUCGUCAUUGACACUCCAAAGUUCUUCAUGUACACUCACAGCUCAUACGGGGCAAUGCGGCGGUACAUUCGUCAGGCCCGCAUCAAUAAAGGCAAGGUGAAUCCAGAAGACUUUCGGGAAGUGGACACCAACGUUCUUCGGGAGUCUCUCAUUCGCUACGCCCAGUGGAAGGGACCGUUGCAGAAGAUUGAUUUCCGCUGGUUCUACUGGAUGUAUGCUCUGAUGAUUGGCUACGUGCUGUGGCAGGGCCUUGCGCUGCAGAAGAUGCUGGAUGAGAAGGUGGAGCGCUCAGGAAUGACAUUGGAGGAACGUCGGGGCAUGUUUGGUGACGAUUACGAGGAGGACGUGCGACCCCGGUAG